GCCAGAGCAGGCGGGCUGGAGCGCCGCGCACCAGGAAGUGACUGGCCCCUGCGACCCCUUAGCACCGUCCGCUGGUUUUUUAGUUUACCAUUGCACGGUCCAAGGCCUUAGUGGCUCCAAAGGAAGGAGUCCUGGGCAUCAAGAAAAGAGUCCUAAUGUACAACCCAAGAUUAUUCCUUUCCAGGGUGAGUUUCUUCUCCAAACCAGGACUGCUUCCCUGGGAUACUGCGAGACCACCAGAUUUGUUACAGUCCUUUUUGGGCACAGCACAUAAGGGGUGUUUCACUAGCGUGAUAGCUAAGAAACACCCAAUCGGACAAAAAUAUCAGAAGAAACAAAGGCAUUGUAGACCAGAUGACUCCUGGCAGGAGAGGCUGGCUGAUGCUGUGACUCCAUUCUGGAGGCUGAGAUAUGAAGAACAACUCAAGGUGAAAUUUGAAGCUCAGAAGAAAAUUUUACAAAGCCUGGAGUCUUACCUACAAGUACUCCAUGGAGUCAGUGCCACAGUGGCUGUAUCCCAGUCUGAGGGGCUCUGCUGUCUCCUCCAUCCCAUUAUGCCCUCCCCUACCACCACUGGCUACUAGAACAAGUCCACCUUUUCUGUGAACCAGAGCCCAGAUGGCAAUCCAAAGACCGUGGGCUAUUACCUAGGAACCUGGAGAGAUGGAAAUGCCAUCUGUGUACCAUGUAAUCAUCUGAAAAACAUCCCAGACAAACACAGUCAAGUGGCUUAGUACUAUGAAGUAUUCCUGUGACAGUCUUCAGUGGAACCCUGCCUUUUGUUUCAUGAAGGUGGUCACUGGCGUGAACUCAUAGUUCGAACCUAUAAGCCAGGACACACAAUGGCUAUUGUCACUUUUCAUCCCCAGGGAUUAAGUCAAGAGGAGCUCUGUGUUCAGAAGGUGACCUUGAAGGAUUUUUCUGCUAAAGGCCCUGGAGCGGUCUGUGAAUUGACCUCACUUUAUUUUCAGGAAAGCACCAUGACCCGUUGCAGCCAUCAGCAGUCCCCCUACUAGCUCCUGUUUGGGGAGCCCUACAUCUUUGAAGAUCUUCUGGGUUUGAAGAUUCAAAUCUCUCCAGAUGCCUUCUUCCAGAUCAAUACUGCUGGUGCAGAGAUUCUGUAUCAGAUCAUCAGGGAGCUGAGGAGAGUGAACUCUGAUAGCAUCCUCCUAGACACUUGCUGUGGAACAGGCACUCUCUGGCUCGAUGUUGCCUCCCAAGUUCAUGGCUUUGAGCUGGUGGAGCAGGCAGUAGAGGAUGCCAGGUGGAGUGCAGCCUUUAAUGGUGUCACCAACUGUGAGUUUCAUGCUGGCAGAGCAGAGACGAUUUUGCCACAGCUGUUAAAGUCACAGAAAGAUGAGAAGUUGACUGUUGCUGUGGUGAACCCUGCCCGUGCUGGCCUGUAUCACAGAGUGGUGCGAGCCGUUCGGAACUGCAGGGCCAUCCACACUCUAGUGUUUGUUUCUGGCAAGCCCCCUGGUGAAAGCACAAGGAACUUCAUUGAACUAUGCUGUCCUCCAAACUCUGCUAAGAAGCUUCUAAGUGACGCUUUCAUCCUGAGAGAAGCUGUUUGUGUGGUGUUUCCCCACACCCCGCACUGUGAGUUAGUGGUCCUCUUCACUUGAUAAGACCGGAAGGCUGCAAGCUGAUAAGGCUGAAGUUGUGGGAGACACUCAGGUUGCCAUGGGAGACCGUGAAAGCAUCAUCAGAGAAACCAAUCUCUGAAUCCUGGCAAAAAGAAUCUGGCUGCCCUCCUCUGAGGCAGAUUGAAAUGUAUGUAGCUUGUCCUAUUCCUUUGGGGCUGUCCACAUUUCCCUAGCUUUGACUGCUCCUUGAACCUGAAUUUGUGUUGCUCCGUCCUUUGGCUGUCUAUCCAUCAUUCAAUAUACAGUCUUGCCUGCCAUGUGAUUCUGCUUUUGUUGUGGGGAUAACUGCUUUGUGAGCAGCUGGCAAUAAUUUCACAUUGACCAGGAUCUGUCUCUUUACUCUGAGAUUUUACCAUUUGCAGUUUUGUUGUUGUUGUUGUUUUAGUUUGAAACAGGGUCUCGCAUAGUACACACUGGCCUUGCACUCACAAUGUAACUGAAGUUGAUUUCGAACUUGUGAUCCUUCUGCCUACACUUUGAGUACUGGGAUUACAGGCAUGUGCCACCACACAUGGCUUUAUGCAGUUAUGGGUAUCAAAGCCAAGGAAGGAUGCAUGUAAGGGAAUACCAUUUACUAAUUGAGCUACAGCCCUAGCCCCUUGCAAAUGUUUUGCGAAGUAGAAACAAAUUGAGCUUUUGACAAAGCAGAGUAAGAGGCUAGGGAGAUGGCUAACAGGGUAAAGUGCUUAUUGCUCAUACACAGGAAGCUGAGUUUGGAUCUCCAGCACAUAACAACAGGGCAUAGUGGCAUCUGCCUCGUGCUUGUGCUGAGAGGUGUAUACAGGGGGAUCCUGAGGGCUUUCCUGGCCAGUCAGUUUAGCUAAUACAUUAGCCCCAGGUUCAGUGAGAUACCCUGUCUCAAAUAAAAGGAAUUGAAGAAUGAUAGACACGUGAUAUCAACAUCUGUCCUCCACAAGUAUAAUCACAGAUGUGUGUGUGUGUGCACAUGUGUGUACACAUAUGACACCCAUACAAUGCAGUUAUAUAGUGAUUACAGGGUUGUUGGGUUUUCUCGACUUUGACACAUCUAGAAUGUCCUUGGAUGGUGAUUUCUGGGAUCAGAGAGAUGGCUCAGCAUUCACAAGCAUAUAAUGCUCUCACAGAGCAUUAUAUCAAGUUGUUCAUAACCAAGCAUAUAAUGCUCUCACAGAGCAUUAUAUCAAGUUGUUCAUAACCGCCUAUAACUCUAGUUCCAGGGGAUCCGAUACUUUCUUCUGACAUCUAUGGACACUGUUCUCAUGCACAAACCCACAUUCACAGGCAUGUAAAUACACAUAAUUAAAAAAAAACUUAAAGAGAAAUGUGGUUAUCUCUAGGAGCAAUAAUGCCAUUUAUCUCUUUUUUUUUCUCCAUCUUUAUUAAAUUGGGUAUUUCUUAUUUACAUUACAAUUGUUAUUCCCCUUCCCAGUUUCCAGGCAAACAUCCCCCUAGCCCCUCCCCCUCCCCUUCUUUAUGGGUGUUCCCCUCCCCAUCCUCCCCCCAUUACCGGCCUCCCCCCAUUACUGGCCUCCCCCCAACAAUCACAUUCACUGGGGGUUCAGUCUUGGCAGGACCAAGGGCUUCCCCUCCCACUGGUGAUCUUACUAGGAUAUUCAUUGCUACUUAUGAGGUUGGAGCCCAGGGUCAGUCCAUGUAUAGUCUUUAGGUAGUGGCUUAGUCCCUGGAAGCUCUGGUUGCUUGACAUUGUUGUACAUAUGGGGUCUCGAGCCCCUUCAAGCUCUUCCAGUUCUUUCUCUGAUUCCUUCAACGGGGGUCCCAUUCUCAGUUCAGUGGUUUGCUGCUGGCAUUCGCCUCUGUAUUUGCUGUAUUCUGUCUGUGUCUCUCAGGAGAGAUCUACAUCUGGUUCCUGUCAGCCUGCACUUCUUUACUUCAUCCAUCUUAUCUAAUUGGGUGGCUGUACGUGUAUGGGCCACAUGUGGGGCAGGAGGCAAAGUUUAGAACAGGAACACCAUUUAUCUCUUAACCUGUAGAAGGAGAAUUGGUCAUUAGAGAUACCCAAAGGAGUUAAGAGACUCUGAAAGAAAGGACUGGAUACUUAGAUUGUCCUGUGCAUUGUGGAGGAAGAAAGUGCCAGCAAUCCAAUAGUAAUCCAGCAUGAAUUAUAAUAAAUUAUAAUAAAGUGGACUAUAUUCACUGUCUCUAGUCCAUGAUCUUUUUGUUUUAAAUUUUUUAGCAUUUUAAUUUGCAUUUUAAAUGUUAUCCCAUUUCCUGGUUUCCCCUCCAGAAACCCCUUAUGCCCCCUGCUUUUAUGAGGAUGUUCCCUCACCUACACACUCACUCCCUCCUUCCUCCAUGCCAUGACAUUCUCCUACACUGGGACACGGAGCCUUGACAGGACCAAGGGCCUCUCCUCCCAUUGAUGCCCGACAAGGCCAUCCUCUGCUCUAUAUGCAGAAGGAGCCAUAAGUCCAUUCCUGUGUUCUCUUAGGAUGGCGGUUUCGUCCCUGGGAGCUCUGAGGAUUCUGGUUGGUUGAUAUUGUAGUUCUUCCUAUGGGGUUGCAAACCCCUUCAGCUACUUCAGUUCUUUCUCUAAUGCCUCCAGUGGGGAACUUGUUAUCAGUUCAAUGGUUAGCUCCAAGCACUCACCUCUAUAUUUGACAUGCUCUGGCAGAGACUCAGGAGACAGCUAUAUCAGGCUGCUGUCAGCACGCACUUCUUGGCAUCUGCAAUAGUGUCUAGGUUUGGUGGCUGUAUAUGGGAUGCAUCCCCAUGCGAGGUAGUCUCUAGAUGGCCUUUCAGUCUCUGCUCCAAACUUUGUCUCCCUGUUUCCUCCUGUGAAUAUUUUUGUUCCCUUUUUAAAAAAGGACUGAAGCAUCCACACUUUGGUUGUCCUUCUUCUUGAGCUUCCUGUGGUCUGUGGAUUGCAUCUUGGGUAAUCUUAGCUUUUGGGCUAAUAUCCACUUAUCAAUGAGUGCAUACCAUGUGAGUGAGUUCUUUUGUGAUUGGGUUACCUCACUUGGGAUGAUAUUUUCUAGUUCCAUCUAUUUUCCUAAGAAUUUCAUGAAGUCAUUGUUUUUAAUAGCUGAAUAGUAUUCUGUUAUGCAUGUUUUUUUUUCAAUUCUAGAGUUGUCCUGGAAUAAUUGUUUAACAUUGUCUUUUGAAUACUCUUACGGUCUGAAGGCAUGGAAGUUAUGUGUGUUGCCAGAAUUAGUAAUAAUAAUAAUCAGGUCAACAGGAAGUUUAAAUUUUUCUUAGUACUAAAUGCUCCUAAAGCAAGCAGACUGCUUCUCAAAAGAAGCAGUUAAAGCUCUUAUAAAAUGUUGUAUAUGUAUGUUUUUGAGGUUGGGUCUAUCUUAGUGUUUUAUUGCUGUGAAGAGACACUGUGAGAAAGGCUACUGUUACUAUUAAUUCGGGCUUGAUUACAGUCUUCAGAGUGCCAGUACAACAUCAUGGGGGCAGGGAGAGUGUGGAGGCACAAAGGAAGGCACGGCAUUGGAACAGUAGCUGAGAUAUUUACAUCUGGUCACCUGGCAGCAGGCAGAGACACCCUGGCUCUGGUCUGGGCUUUUAAACCUCAAAGUCAACUCCCAGUGACACACCUCCUCCAACCAGGCCACACCUCUUAAUCCUUCCAAAUAGCUCAUCCACUGGGGGCUAAGCAUGCAAAUAUUUGAACCUAUGUGGUCCAUUCUCAUUUAAACCACCACAUGGUGUCCAGUAUUCCAGCUUGUCCUCUAACACACUACGUGGCCUCGAGCUUGUGAUCCUCCUCCUGCCUCUGUCUCCUGAGUUCAGUCUCAAUUAUGGGUGUGUGCAACCAUAAACUUUGUGUA